GAGAGAGAGACAGACGCGACGAAGUGUGCUUCAACCAACCGCGUUGCUAUUUGUUUAUUGUUUGGUGGAGUGACAUAUAAAAGUCAUUGCAUCUCCAUCCUUUCGAAUCUUUUCCCCUCCCCCUUUCAUCUCUUUUCUCUUUCUUCUCUUCCUUCAUCUCAACUCAUCACCCCCUCACCAGCCAAACCGGACCGCUGUUGAAACCCGUCUCCAUCCAACCUACAACCAAAAAAGCACACUCGGAUACAUACCAACAACCAUGGCCAAGGAAAAGUCCACCAAGAAGUCCACCGGCGGAGCCAAGAAGCUGUCUCCCUACAACAAGUUCAUGAAGACCGAGCUCGCCAAGGUCAAGGCCGAGAAGCCAGGUCUCAACCACAAGGAGGCCUUCAAGGAGGUUGCCUCCCGCUGGAAGGACUCGGCCGAGAACCCCAAGAACGCUGCCAAGUAAACGCCUCAUCCCUUCCCCCAAUUUCUCUAGUCCAUGAAGGAGACGUCCCUGUCGGCCGUGUUUUCAAGUCAGCACUAACCCAUAGCACUAUUCCCUCUCGAGGAGAAAAUCAAGGAAAAAAAGUCGCUUUCAAUGGCUUGCCUUACCACUUGUUUUCCCCCGAACCAAUGUACCAUUACUAUUAAAGCCUUUAAGCCCAAUUCAUAUGCAUA